UUCCAAAGCAGCAGGCGUCAUUAUUCCCUUCCCUUUUUAUAAUAGGCUAAUACGUUUCAUAAUUAUCUAUAAUGGCUGGCGGCAGCGCACCACCCAGCAUCAUCUCGGGUCGCAACCCGAUCGCCUACACGACCAGCAGCCCGUUGACGCUGUUCAUCGUCCAGAUCCUCAUCAUUAUUUGUAUCACGCGCGGGCUGCAUCUGAUAUUCAAGCGCAUAAACCAGCCGACCGUCAUCUCUGAGAUUCUGGGCGGCAUUAUGCUUGGCCCGACGGUGCUCGGGCGGUGGAAGGCGUUCAGUACCAACGUGUUCCCGAAAGAUUCGAUGGUAAACCUGAACCUGGUGGCGAACUUUGGUCUGGUGCUGUUUCUGUUCAUGGUAGGGCUCGAGCUGGACCCAAAGAUCCUCAAGCGCAACUUGCAUCGCAGCGUGGCGAUCAGUGUGGCAGGGAUGAUCCUGCCGUUUGCACUGGGCAUAGCGACCAGCUACGCCUUGUUCCAUAUGAUCGAGAAGGAGGGUAGCUUCGUGAACUUUAUGCUGUUCUGUGGCGUGGCCAUGGCAAUCACGGCGUUUCCUGUGCUGGCGCGGAUUCUGACUGAGCAGAAUCUGCUCAAGACCACGGUUGGCUCGAUUUCGAUUUCGGCGGCAGCCAUUGACGACGUGGUGUCGUGGUGUCUACUGGCACUGGUGAUUGCGCUGACGAAUAAUGGCUCGGGGUUGAGCGCGCUGUGGGUGUUCUUGGUGGGUCUGGGGUGGACACUGUUUGUUCUGUUUGCAGUGCGGCCGGUGUAUUUCUGGUAUCUGCGUCGCAACGGGUGUUUGCAGGGGCGCGAGCCAUCGCAGAUGGUGCUGUUUGUGACGUUCUUUUUGGUACUGGUGUCGGCGUACUUCACGGACAUUAUCGGGAUCCACGCGAUCUUUGGCGGGUUCUUGGUGGGCGUUAUUGUGCCGCACGACGGCGGGUUCGCAAUCAGGGUGACGGAGAAGAUCGAAGACAUGGUGCAGAUAUUCUUCCUGCCGAUAUACUUUGCCCUGUCUGGCCUGAACACGAACCUGUCGGAUCUGAAUGACGGCAAGACGUGGGGGCUGCUGAUUCUGAUUUGCUUUGUGGCGUUCUUUGGCAAGAUCGUUGGAUGCACACUGGCGGCCAAGUGGAGCGCGUUUACGUGGCGCGAGUCGCUGACGAUCGGGUUCCUGAUGAACUGCAAGGGCCUGGUGGAGCUGAUUGUGCUGAAUAUCGGGCUGCAGGCCGGUGUUAUCAAUACCCGGAUUUUCACCAUGAUGGUGGUCAAGGCCUUGGUUACGACGUUUGUGACGACGCCGGCGGUCAUGUGGCUGUACCCGCCGCAGUACCAGGAGCGCAUUGAGGAUCCGCAUGCCAAGGCACGCGAGUCCAGUGCGCCGUCGACCGGUGCGCCAAUGAGCCUGCUGGUGGUACUGAGCCGGCUGCAGCAGGUGCCGUCACUGAUGACGUUGCUCGGGUACCUCCAUGGGAAGAACAGCGCUGGGGGCAUUGUGCGGCCGCUGCGUGUGUUUGCGCUGCGGCUGCUGGAGCUGACCGGGCGCAACUCGUCGGUAAUGCACCAGUACGAGUCGGAGGCGCGCGUGGUGACGGAUCCGGUGAUUUCGGUGUUCCGGGCUUUUGCACGGGUGGCCGACUUGGUCUUCCACGGGUCGCUGUCACACAGCGACCAGGAGCAUUUCGUCGACGCCGUGAUCGGUAGCGCGCGCGACGCGGAUGCUGAACUGACGAUCGUGUCGGCGUUUGGGCGCGGCAGCGGGCAGCCUGAGGAGGGAGCAAUGACGCCCGGGUGGUUUUCCAGCAUGGGCUGGGGCUUCACGACCCUGCAGCAGGCCGAGUUCAUCUCAGGCCUGUUCAAUAAAGCGCCUGGCCACAUCGGCGUGUUCAUUGACCUGGGAUUGUCUGACGGCAGCGAGCUGGCAGCCCUGGCGGAUGCACCCAAGAGCCAUGAGGCGCCGCGUAUCGUGGUGCCGUUCUUUGGCGGUUCGGAUGACCGCUUGGCGCUGCAACUGGCUAGCGAACUGUGCGUGAACGCGAACGUGCAGGUUGUUGUGUGGCGGUUUGUCAAGGCCAGCGCGCCAACCAGCCAGGACGUCGUGCUGAGCGAGGAGCGGUUCCCAGCACGACCGGCGAUUCCCAGUUCGCCAGCGGCGGUGCAGACCAAGGGCGGGCUCAAGAACGAGGUUGACCCCUGGGCACAGACGCUUAAGGAAGCUGAGAGGCAGAGCCUUGAAGCCAUGGCCACCAGGGUCGAUGAGGGGAGCGGGCAGGAGGAUGCGGUCUUUAUUGACCAGCUUUUGCAGCCGCGCAGUGCGUCCCUGCUGGGGUCGCCAGUGCAUAACCCCCUGCCGGAGACUAAUGUACCAGCACUGCAGCUUGAUGGGGCUGCAGACGACAGCGGGCUACGCAAGAAGAUCACGCAGAAGCUGUGGUUCCGCAAUGCAUCCCACGAGACCGCUGGGACCGCUGGGACCGCUGAGACCAACGAGACCGCUGGGGUAUUGGCCACACAGUUCGCAAACACGUCACUGGAGACAAUCGCUACGGCGACGCCACUGCAGACGCUGUUGCUGCGGGCGCGUGGAUUGGCGCGGAACGAUCUGAUUGUGUGUGGGCGCUCCCUGGGCACAGGGUAUUUUGCGCUGGAGCUGCAGAAACACAGACCCGCAGGCCACACAUUCACGAAGCCCGAGCGGCAGCGUGCCCUAGGCGUGGUGCCGGAGCACCUUCUGGGAUUCGGCACGUCCGCCAGUAUUCUGGUGGUGCAGUCGCAGUCGGAGUCGCACAAGUCAGUUUAAGCUUAUUCAGUGUUUAUUUACUCAUUAACUGUGCUAGCUCAUCGACAGUUGUAUUCAGUGCCUUCUGCUGGUUCUCGUAUGCCAGCGCCAUGGCCUCGCGCUCCUCCUUUUGCCUUGUUUAGAAGCUGUGCGUUGGUCGGUAUAGGCGCAGUUCCGCGCAGGCGCUCGGACAGAUCUUUAUCUUCUAGAAGCGAGCGGUCGAGGGCCAUGCGGACGUCGCGGCGGCCGGCAGUGUGCUUUGUGGAGGCGUAGGAGGGCGCAAGGGCGGCUUUCAAAUGCUUCAUCUGUUUCCGCCGGGCCUUGAGCUCGUCAUGUGUGGUUUUGCCUACGUGCGCAGUGCGCUUGGUGGUCUGUAGUUUGCGCUUGAGCGCGAGUUUCUUGUCGGCAGUCUUUUUGUGUGCGCCCAUU